AACACUUGUCACCACUCAGUUGGGUUGCAUCUUAUACCAAGCUAAGGCUAGUAAUACAAAGAAGCCCAAACAAGCAUAAGCAAUAAGCAUAUGCACCAUCCAUACGAUUAGCAAAGAGACGAUGGCUGCAAUCACCGCCAGUGUUGUGAAGCCCAAAGCUGCAGUUCAUGGCCUAUGCGGCGCCACUCUCCCUCUCUCUGCUCGGAAGCUCUCCAUGCCUUCACGCCGCCUCAGAAUGCCCAAAUCUUCCAAGAGGAACGUAGUGGUGGCCAAGUAUGGGGAUAAGAGUGUUUACUUUGAUUUGGAGGACAUCAGCAACACCACUGGCGCCUGGGAUCUCUAUGGCUCCGAUGCCCCUUCUCCCUAUAACCCUCUGCAGAGCAAAUUCUUUGAGACAUUUGCUGGGCCAUUCACAAAAAGAGGGCUUCUGUUGAAGUUUCUGGUGUUGGGAGGAGGUCUAGCGUUGACAAGUGCCACCAGCAAUGCUACAGGUGACAUCCUCCCCAUUCUCAAAGGCCCUCAGCAGCCCCCUACUAUGGGCCCCAGGGGAAAGAUCUGAGCAUAUUCUAUGUUAUUACACCACCUCUUAUUCAGUUGGAUUCUUAUUUUUAACUGUUUACCCACCUACAUGCCUCCAUGUUCUAAAUAUGGUUCCUCCAACUGGUGUACAAUCUGAGCUCUUUUGACUCCCAAUCACCAUUGAAUGUGAAUUCCUUUCAGCAGGUUAAUUAAGCCUCUGUUAUACACUGUUA